AUGAAUAGUUUUCUUUCACAAACACAUUUGCGUGUUCCUCAGCUCAACCUGCAUAAAUCAAAUUGUGUUACACAGCAGCUUAUUUUGAAUAUGGAAUCUCGGAAUAUUGAUAUUGCAUUGGUUCAAGAACCUCAUUCGUAUAAAGGAACUCUUCCGGGAUUUCCUUCGUCAUAUAGAGGUUUCUCCAGUCAAAACUCUGACCUAAUUAAAGCAGCUAUUAUAGUCAGAAAUAGAAAUAUUUCAGCUUUUCUGGAUAUAAAUUAUCUAGAUUAUAAUAUGGUGACAGUGCAUAUCAAUAUUAACAGAAUUUCUUAUCCAUUUGUUUCGUACUUCUUCGAACCCUCCUCGAAUAUUGAUUCUGAUUUACAAAAAAUAAACCGAUUCUUCACCAACGUUCCCAUAAACAAGCUGGUCGGGUCUAUGGAUGCUAAUGAUAAAUCUGAAACAUGGUUCAGUCCCCUUUCCGACUCUAGAGGAAUCAAACUCACCGAAUUUAUUAGUACGCAUAAUCUCUUUGUCAUUAAUGAAGACUGUGGUCCUACAUUUUGUGGAUCACAAGGAUCUAGUUACAUUGAUGUAACUGUUGUUGGAACGGAUUUACUGGAAGAUUUUUCUUGUUGGCACUUGCCUACUUAUGAUUCUCUAUCUGACCACAAAUCAAUUGAGUUUGAAGUAAUACUGGAUCCACAUCCUCCACCAAAAAAAGGCGAACAUUGCACUUUCCAUCUUAAAAAAGCGAAUUGGAAACUCUUUUACAACAAAUCGAAAUAUUUGCUGUCAAGUAUCGGUAAUCUCAUUUAUUCCUCCCAAGAUCCAGAUACUCUGCAUGAUGUCACAGAUGAGCUCAUUUCCAUUAUCCAAAAGUAUUGUAAAAUGCCCAUUCCGAUUAAAAAGAAAAAAAUUGCACAGUGUUCCCUGGUGGACAACAAAAAUCGAUUGCAUGUUAAGAAAGCAUGUUAA